AUGCGUCAACUGUGGAGUAAAGACGAAUACGAGAAACGAGUUGAAAAGGAGCCUUGUUAUUUCCUAUCGAAUCUGAUCUCCACAGUGUUAAUGCAUCACAUGUCGUGGGUAGCCAGUGUAGCGCCACCGUUACAUGCGCCAACGCAUCUUCACGAGAAAAAUCCGCUUGUUGGCUCGAUUUUCAACGAUGAAGCACCAUAUAUGCCAUACAAUGCUCAAAUUGCCCAGUACUUGGAAAUUAGUGGCAGUGUCGGAAGUGUACAUCGAAUGGCAAAGACGGUUGUGAGCGGUUUCGACAGCGAUCUCAUAACAUCAAUCUUGCAAGUGCUGUCCUAUUUCAUUCGUUGUUCGGCCAUCCAUACAAAA